CUUACCACUUUUAGGAUAACAUGGGUAAAGACUCUAUUAAAACCAACAAACGAGCUUCUCGUCACGAUCCUUUACAUGCUCAACUGGCAGAUAAUCCUGAACAUGGUAUGCGGAAAGCCACUCGUCAAAAAUUUAUUGAUCGCAACAACAAAGAAGAAGAAGUCGAGGAAUACCUGGAUCCCAAACUAUCAAAAAAGAUUUUGAAGAUUGCUCGUCAGCAACAAGAACAAAUUGAACAAAACCGAGAGGACGAUGAAGAAACAUCUACAAGGACACAUCUGAACAAAAAGAAAACCAAUGGCAACAACAAAACACAUCCUCUUGGACUUGACCUUAGUGACGAAGAAAUUGAUGAAGGAGAGCUAUAUGGUGAUUACGAGGAAUUGGAAAUCGAUGAAGAAGAUGCUGAUGUGCUCAACAAGUUCUUGCCAAGUGCACCCAAAGAACGACGUACAUUGGCCGAUAUGAUCAUGGAAAAGAUUAAUGAAAAGAAUGCUGCUGAUGAACGAAAAGCAACAGGUGAAGACGAUGAUAAUACUUUAUCUCCAUCAGUGAAUCCAAAAGUCGUAGAAGUAUACACAAAGGUUGGACAACUUCUAAGUAGAUACAAAUCUGGCAAAUUACCCAAGGCUUUCAAAAUUAUUCCAUCAUUAAAUAAUUGGGAAGAAAUUUUAUAUUAUACAUCUCCUGAUACUUGGUCACCUCAUGCAACUUAUGAAGCUACACGUAUGUUUGUUUCUAAUCUCAAGGCGCAGCAAGCUCAACGAUUUUUCUCUUUGGUAUUACUGGACCGUGUACGUGAAGAUAUUCAAGAAAACAAGAAAUUGAAUUAUCAUUUGUUCUUGGCGUUGAAGAAAGCUCUUUACAAACCUGCUGCUUUUUUCAAAGGUAUCUUAUUCCCACUUUGUGAAUCUGGUAGCUGUACUUUGAAAGAAGCAUCUAUUCUUGGUUCAGUAUUGUCGCGUGUGUCUAUUCCUGUGUUACAUUCUUCAGCAGCUUUACUUCGUUUGGCAGAUAUGGAUUAUACUGGUCCCAACAGUUUGUUUAUUCGAAUCUUAUUGGAUAAAAAAUAUGCUCUUCCUUACAAGGUAGUGGAUGCUUUGGUGUCGCAUUUUGCCAGAUUCCAAAAUGAUCCUCGUGAAAUGCCUGUGUUGUGGCAUCAAUCUCUAUUAGUUUUUACACAAAGAUACAAGCAAGAUAUGGUACCUGAACAGAAGGAAAUUUUACUCAACGUUGUCAAAAGCAAGUUCCAUUAUGGUAUUGGUCCUGAAAUUCGCCGUGAAAUUGUACACUCUACUACUCGGGACGAAGUUAUGGAUAUGGAUGAUGUCAUGAUGAUUGACUAAAUGAACUGGAUGAAAGAAAGAGAAGUUAUAGAAAUUGUCAUUUAGUGAUCUAUUGAUUGAUUUUUUUUUUUAUUCCUCCAUUCACACUCAAACUCUUAGUAGCAUAUUUUUAACGUUUACAUAUUCUCUUUAUUCUUUUUACCUCCUCUUCUUCAUCUAUUUUUUUCAUUUUUACAUUUUUUUUUUUAUUUGUCUUUACUUUUAUAUGUAUCAUACAUAAAUCUAUUCCUUCAUAUCUUUUAUAUUUGAAAAUAAAUAAUAAAAAAAAAGAACUAUAAAUGUUUAGGUGUUUACUAUCAUUAUUGUUUGAUAGGUAAAUAAUGAUGAUGAUCACUUGCAUGUCUUAGAUCUUAUAUUUAAACUA